AUGGCUCGUACUUUUGACAAAGUUGAUAUUCAUUAUGUCACUCAGAAGUCUAUCAGAUGGAGCAUUGUUGCAGAUCACUUAGCCUCACUACCAGUUUCUGAUGGUAGAGCGACUGAUGAUGACUUUCCUGAUGAGGAUAUCGCUGUAGUGAAUAGUUUGUCAGGUUGGUACAUGUACUUUGAUGGUGAGGCCAACCAUUCUGCAUACAGGAUAGGUACUCUCCUGAUAUCCCUUCUUGGUGACCACAUUCCUAGAUCUGUUCGUUUAGCAUUCCCUGAUCGACACCCUGCCACGAACAAUAUUGUUGAGUAUAAGGCUUGUAUCUUGGGAUUGGAGAUAGCUCUUGAGCUCGGGAUUAGACAGAUGGAGGUGUUUGGUGACUCUAAUAUGGUAUUGAGGCAGAUUCAGGGCCAUUGGAAGACUAGAGAUGUGAAGCUUAGGUCUUACCAUGCAUACUCAGAGCUACUGGUUGGGAAAUUUGAUGAUUUGAGUUAUACACAUCUGUCUAGAGCGCAAAACCAGUUUGUUGAUGCUUUAGCUACUCUAGCUUCCAUGAUUGAUAUUCCUAUUGAUAUUGUUGUUCGCCAUUUACUGAUUGAGUUAAGAUCAGUUCCUACCUAUUGUUGCUUGGUUGAUGAGGCAGAGUUAGAUUAUGGUUUGCCUUGGUACCACGACAUAUAUCAGUUUUUGAGACUUGGCAUAUAUCCUGAGGUCAUCAUGACCAAGGACAAAAGAGCAUUGAGAUAG